CGCGAGACUAGACCAGAGACUAGACUAGGGUUGGUUGAUCCAUAAUGACAACUACUUCUUCAAUAGUAAGCGAAGCAGAUUCUGGUCGAGCUACUGUAGCUGGUCAUGAUAGCCAUCACGCUGCAUCUAAUUUAAAGUCUUUUGUUACUGAAUCGGAACCAGGCCAGUCAUCUGAGAAUAUAACUGAGAAUGAAGAAUAUAUCUAUAGAUCUGAUGCCAGAGAAGUAGUUCAAGUUCCUGAAAGUCAUAGUACAGAUUACGAGUAUAAUGUUGUUCAACUGCCUAAGAGUUGUAUUGCUUCAGAUCUCACAGACUCCACAUUAGUUCCUGGUUUUCCACCGUCUGCAUAUACGCAAUCUUAUACACAGCAAUCUGACAUCAGUUAUUCUAUGAACAGGCUGACUUGUGAUGAGCAUAUUGCAGAAGAAGCCAGUUUUGAAAAAGAUACUUUAAUAGUACAGGAAAUAGAUAAGCCAAUAUUCAAGUUAAUAUUAGAUUAUAACUUCAUGAUUGAUCUGGUCAGGACAAGCUCUGUUCCUGUAGUCAUGUGCACUGCCACUCUUGCUGGUCUGUCUCCUCAGAGAAAAGCAGCUUUACUCCAAGAUUUUAUGAUAAAUGCUGUAAGAUUUAAGGAUAGCGAAUCACACUUGGCAGUUCAAUAUCGCGAAAAUAUUAGAAAAAGAAGUUCUAAAGAAGGUUUUUCAUGUUUUAAUUUCAAUAUUUUGGGAGAAUUUCCAUUCAGCAACCUCGUGUGGUUGUUGGGUACCAAACGUUCAAGUAUCAGCCUCUGCUUUCUCUGUUGCCUCCUUCAAGCUCUUAAGCUGAGAAAAAUUGAUAUCAACUUGUUAGAAACAAAAAACGAUGCUAGAGAGGAUGGAUCAGUAGGCAGGAAGCAUGGUAUCUGGCUUUUUUAUGAGGCAGCAAAAAGGCUGGAAGUUCUUAGGAGCCAACCAAAGAAAUUGGGGCUCCUUGAACCUGGUGUUACUAUGCUAAACGUCUUCAAUAUUGGUCCCAGCAAAGCAGCAUACAACUUUCUCCCAUUUCUUGGUCAGCAUUGUCAGAGAUCUCUGCCGUUGUUUUUUGUUCCAACUACAAAAUCAACUGAGAGUGAAAGGGGAACUCAGGAAAGUCACACUUCUAUCAGACAUCUACUUAAUGCAUAUGUACCCAAAGAAGAGGUUUCAUAUAGAAGAUUAUCUCAGGGUGAAUCCGAGACUGGCUAUGAUAUCAGGAAAGCUUUCACUGAAAGAGGGCUUAAUAAGCCUGAGUUUCAGAAAAUUGACCUCUCCGAUAUGCAGCAGACUAAGAGGAAGCUUGAGAAAAUAGUUGUUAAAAAUAUGAGCAAAUAUGUUACUGGUCUACCUGUAAGGUGGGUUUUUCUACGCAGCCUUCUCCAGGCUUUAAACAUAUCACUUAUGACUAGAAGUGAUAUCAGCGAAUGGGCCACUUCAUGUGGUGCUGGUAUAGAUCCCAGUGAAGUUGAGGCAUUCCUAACCACCUUCACAAGCUUUGCCAGUCUCCUUUACAUCCCCUCCUACACUGAUAUUGUCCUACUGGAUAUUGAGAGAUUCACUGAUUGCCUUGACAAGGUCUUUGAUUGUGGCCGUUCUCUUGAUGAAGCAAAUUCCUAUGGAUUCAUUACUGAAGCAGCCAUUGAUAAGUUAGCAAAAGAUGAGAAGUUAGACCCUAAAUUGUUCAAGUCACUCUUGAAGUCUUUCUGUUUCAUCACUUCCAUAAGCUUAUCGAAAAUUGAAUGUUUGAAGUACUUUUCUCUUACUGAAGUGGCCUCAUAUUUCUACAUUCCUAGUAUGCGCCCUUCAGAACCAGCUAAUGGUCACAGCCCUCAUUCGCUUUAUUUGCGUUGUUCACCAGGCAUACUUGGAAACGUCCAAGUUCUUCUCGUUUGUGAGAUACUUUCACACGACAAUUGCUACAUUGUCCCAUACAAGCACAUUAACACAUCAAUUAUUAGAGUAAAACACAGUGAAGAACAUGUCGAUGUUAAAAUGAUCGAUCACAAAGAUGUUAUAGAGCUGAGACUUGAGAAUAUAGAUCCUUUGAGCACCAAAAAAUACAAAGCAGUAUGUUUGCUUAUAGUUAAAGCAUGUGCUAUCGCUAUGAAAAACCAUAAGUAUCAGUAUCAUUUUGAGUUACUUUGUGUUGACGAUGCUAAAAACCACAUCAUAUACCACUCAAAGAAUAAUUAUUCGAAAUGCCCGUCAUGUGUUGAUGCCAUUAACAGUGAUGCAAUUCAAAAGCACUGGAUGAAUGCCAUUAUUAACUAUGGGACAGCUACGUAACACUAAAAAUAGCAAGAAUUUUUUAAAAGCUGCAUACUUAAACCUGACUUUUAUAAUUUUUGUAGUUGCUAUGAAUAUGUAGUUUUGCUUUUUAAAAUAAUAGUGGUUUUCUUACAAAAGAUGGUGAUAGUCUGGCAAAAUUUGCAUAACAGCCUGCCUAAAGGAAAGAGCAUAGGGGCACUGCAUGCUUUGGGUCAAGCAUGAGCACUACAAAAUGUGUGUACAUGUGUGUUUGUGAAAUAGAAAAUUAUAACGGUUUGUUGCUCUCAAUAACAAAUCGGGAUAAAGAAACUAACUAAAUGAACAGUAAAAUUAAAAUUGAAAAAAUGUCAUAAAAUCACGCUGACCUAGAGUUGUUCAUAUUUUUUUAGACACUGCGCUAUCUUUUACUCUUUUUAUUUUAUUCUGCCGGUUUCUUUGUUGUUUCCCCAAAGUUUUCUUACGACUUGAUGAUACUGAUGUAUCAAUGAAAUCAUAAUCAUACUGCGAAUAAGCAGCACCUAUGGAAACAAUAAUAAUAAUGAUUGAAGCUAUUAUUGUCACAAAUAUCAGGAGCGUAUCUAGAAAUUGGAAAAGGGGGUGCUGAGAGCAUGUGAAGCGUGCUGCGAUUUUGGCCACACCCCUUUUACGGCGGUAAAACAGCGUUUUCUUGCAUUGUUGUGAAUUACUUUUUACGGGUGGGGUCAAGAUAAUUUCAAGCAUACUCAAGCAUACUGGCACUUUUAAUUGCUCUUUAAGGCACUGGAAACUGCUGAAAUCAUGAUCAGGGGGCUAGAUAACUUAAUAGGCUUGGUAGUAAUGCAAGAGCCCUGGACUUAAGUAAUGUUUUCUGAGCCAAGCCAUGAGGGGGGUGCUCAAGCCCCCCUCAGCCCUAGUCCAGGCUACCUCACCCCCCCCUUUGGAUACGCCACUGACUAUAGUAACUAGUUGUGCAUUACUGCUAACAUAAUGUGAAUAGAUUACCUCUUUUCUUUCUUUUGUUAUCAUGAUUAUAAUGACCAGAAUAGUA